UUCUCCUUCCCGCGACCACCAACGAAAACCAAUGCUCCACCGCUUCCCGAAUCUUCCUCCGCGACCACACGAAAUCCACCGCCGCGGCGGCCAAAAAUCGGGCCUUUUUUCUUCCCUGCCUUUUCCCCUCGCUGCCGUUGCUCCACGCCGCCCCGCACGCCGCCGCAUCCACCCGUUCCGCCGGUGAAUCCGCGGGAUUUAAUCCCUGCCCCGUCUGCGAUUGCUGCCGCCUCAUCACCGGACGGGCUGGGAUGGUGGGCGAGCUCUCCUCCCUCCUCGCCGCCUCCCCCGUCGUCCUCGCGCCCUCCAAGGACCUCCAUGGCGUGCUGCCGCUCCAGGCGAAGAGGCCGCCGCAGGACGCCGCCGCCGUCCACCUCUGCGCGCACCACCUCGACGCCGCCGCCGCCAUGGUCAUGGUGCCCGCCCACCCGCAGGCUUUCGCCAUGCCUGACAUGGCCGCGCUCAUCGACGUCCAAGCAGAUUCUCACCCUGACUCGGUUCAACUUGGCCUUGGAAUCACUGAGCAAUGCGCAAGGCAGGAGAAAAUCCUGAGAUUUCUAAGGUCAGGGUCCGAUGUGAAAGAACUUGAUGUAUCUUUACUGGCUGAACUUACGGGGCACCAAACUAUGCCAAUCAACUUGGGUACUCAACCAUAUAUCCCUGAUGAUAAGAUAUCGGCUCUUCCAAUCAGCAUGGCCAAUCAACCAUAUAUCCCUGAUGAUAAGUUAUCUAUCUGUGAGUUUGGAUUGGAUGAGCCCCAGCAGUAUCUACCAGAAAAUCAACUUGUUAUCCCUGAUCCUCUUGUGGAAUUUUUCCAGUCCCAUGGCUCUGCCCUUACCAUAGAUCAAAAUGGGAGAGUCCUCUUCAAUGGGAAUGGAGAUGAGAUGAGAUAUUUACUCUCGAUUGUCUUAGAUUUCAAUAUGCAUAAACGAGAAACAAGCAGUUGCAAGUCAGCAUAUCUAGUUCCUUAUUUUGACAGGAAAAGGCGUUCCCGAGGUAACAACCAAGCAUCUGAUUCAAAUUUAGCAAGCAUGGCAGUUGAUGCAAAAAGCACUGCAAGCAUGAAGUCAAAAUCUUUGUCGAAGAAGAAGCAGAAGAACAAAAACAUCAAAGAACGUGACUUGUAUCAGAAGAACUAUUUCCAUGCUAGUGAAGCAGUUUUAUCUAUUCUCCUGGACAAAGAGAUGAGCAGCUCAACAAUUAACUCAUUGAAAAAAGCUGGUCCUGAGAUCAGUGAACUGUUGACACAAUGCUCUAUUGGCAUUGCUGGAACUGGCUUGGCUGUUCUUCUGUCAGUUGUGUGCAAGAUGGCUAUUGGUAUGAAGAGUCCCAUCGCUGCUACCCGACUGGUGAACACUGGUGUAGGACUUGGGCUCUUUUGGCUCUCCUGGGCAGUAAACGGGUUGCGAGACACGAUUACUGGCAUAUUUAGAAGCCCAAGUGAUAUGAACUUAAAGGAUGAGGAGGUUGCAGUCAGAAUACAGAAAAGCAUGAACGACAUUUUCUUCAGAGCUGUCACUAUAUUGGCAAUCACUGCAUUUAAAUUUGCUUGAUGAGAGGUUACAUACUGCUUUGCCUUUUUCACCGACCCACCACCUGUGAUAUAUAAUCCACCAUUUUGGUCCAGGAGUGCAGCACUAGUGCUUCUAUAGGAUUAAGUACCAAUGAGCCCUGCUAAUUUUGUAGAAAAUGAGCAACGUUGUGAAUUGUACAGAAUUUUGCUGGCAGCUCGGUGUAUAUGAAAUAUGGAUUUUUCUUACA